AUGCUGAGGAAAAAGCCGAGUCUCUUUUGCCUUUUCGCAAUCAUCAUCACGAUUGUUCCAAUACAGUCGAAUCAGCAAUCUCUGCUAAACCAGUUCUACAAUCUGUACGGCAAUGAUAUUAAUAUAUCAAAUUUCGCAAAUAUAUUCAGGGCAAGUAAAGGAAUCUUGAAUUUCCUGAAGCAGGGUGAACAUGAUCUAAAUCAGGAAAUACCAGAAACGACCCCUGAAUUCGGAGCCAUAUACGACUUUGUAAUAGUUGGUGCUGGCACGGCAGGUGCUACGAUAGCCGCAAGAUUAAGUGAGAUUCCUCAAGUGAAGAUAUUGCUGAUCGAAGCUGGCUCCAACGAGAAUCUUCUCAUGGACAUUCCGCUAUUCGCUUUUGCCCUACAACUAAGCAAUGACAUCAAUUGGAAGUAUCAAACCAAGCCGUCCGACAAAUAUUGUCUUGGUAUGAACAACAACAGUUGUAACUGGUCUAAAGGCAGAGUGAUGGGUGGCACCAGCGUGCUAAACUAUAUGAUUGCUACCAGAGGCGGCGCCGAAGACUAUGAUCGCUGGGCAGAAAUGGGAAAUGAAGGUUGGGCUUACAAAGAUAUUCUUAAAUACUUCAAGAAACUAGAAACAAUUGAUAUCCCAGAAUUGCGAUUGGAUACCAUCUAUCAUGGAACUGAAGGACCGAUGCACAUUACUUCUCCAUUAUUCCAUACACCAUUAGCAGAGGCUUUCCUAAAAGCUGGCGAGGAGCUAGGAUAUCCACUAGUAGAUUACAACGGAAAAGAUAUGAUGAUAGGAUUCUCAUAUAUGCAGAAUACGAUUAUGAACGGCAUCCGCAUGAGCAGUAAUAGAGCGUACCUGUAUCCCAUACACGAUCGCAAGAAUCUUUACGUGACUCGAAAGAGCAUGGUGAGAAAGGUGCUAAUCGAUCGUUAUACAAAACGAACGAUUGGCGUAGAAAUGAUUAAAAAUGGUCGUAUUAUCCCGGUGUACGCGAGUAAAGAAGUGAUAUUGUGUGCAGGUUCUAUUAAAUCGCCUCAGCUGCUAAUGUUGUCCGGUAUUGGUCCGGCUGGACAUCUUAGUGAACUAGGGAUAGAUGUUGUCCGAGAUGCGCCAGUUGGAGAAAAUCUGAUGGACCAUCCCUUCUUCGGCGGACUAACAUGGACAGUAGAUGCACCAGUAGGAAUAAGAACACUGGAUAUGUUAAAUCCCGCUUAUCCAUAUAUGGCGGAAUAUUUUACAAGACGGUCUGGACCGUUUGCGAUUCCAGGUGCGGUUGAAGCUGUUUGUUUCAUCGAUACGAAGCAUCCAGAAAAACGCAAUGGCUUACCGGACAUAGAAUUAGCAUUUAUCGGUAGUGGCAUAAAAGGUGAUAUUCUUUUUUCUAUUGGAACGGGUUUGAAUGACCAAAUACGUCAGAUAUGGAGUAAAUACUCAAAUAAAUAUACUUGGACCAUAUUGCCAAUACUGUUGAAACCAAAGAGUCGCGGACGGAUAAAAUUAUUGGCGAAUGAUAUUAAUGUUAAACCUGAGAUUGUGCCAAAUUAUUUCGACGAUCUGGAAGACAUUGAGACAUUGAUUAGCGGUAUUAGAUUCGCGUUAAGUGUCGGUCAAACAGAGGCGAUGCAAGCAUUCGAUUCACGAUUUACUAAUGAUACUAUACCUGGGUGUGAAAACUUCAAUUAUGACUCUUAUGCUUAUUGGGAAUGUGCAAUCAGAACACUCUCUUUUACCUCCUAUCAUUACUCCGGUACUUGCAAGAUGGGACCAAGGGGAGACCCAACUGCUGUUGUCGAUCCCACAUUGAAGGUAAUCGAUGUUGAAGGAUUGAGAGUAGCAGACGCUUCCAUCAUACCUGAGAUUAUAUCGGCGCAUCCAAGCAUACCUAUUUAUAUGAUUGCUGAGAAACUGGCAGAUAUGAUCAAAGAAGAAUGGGGAUAUUUGAUUGAUGAAGAACCAGUAGCGUGGUAUUUUGUGAAAUAACUAUGUUAGCUAAUAUAAUGUUUUAGGAUUAAGUAUUCAUA